AUGCCUCCAUAUAUCGUCCCCGAAUCGUCAGUCGACAACGGCGUCUCCGAUGGCACAAAAACUCUCGUCGCCAGAGCAUCAACCCAAACCGCUGUCGCAGGAGGGAAAGGAACCAUAGACCCCGAUCACAUCAACAUGCAAGGAAUACUUGCCCUCUUCGCAAUCCUUGGCGCAACUUUUGUCAUAGCAACAAUCUGGUUCUUUUUCUGGGCUAAGAAUGGUGGUUGUGUGUUUCGGAAAGGCGAUUGGGACGACUAUAAGUCCACGGUUUUGCGUCGAAAGGGUCCCGAUGGUCGUACAUUGUCGAAUGCCACCACGAGCACGAACCUGGGUGGUGGUACUGUGCGCGGAUAUGAUGAUGAUGACGGUCUCACGUACACGGAUAUGACGGAAACGGCGACUGAGAUUACCGAUGAGAAAUCAGUGGCACAAGGUGGCUGGAAGAAGAAUAAGAAGAAUUUCAAGGAGACGGCAAAGGAGAAGUUGUUGCGAAGAGCCAAAGCAGAGAAAUGGGAAGGCGAGGCUGAUGACGAUAUGCGUGCUUACCGCUCAGAGAAACCUGCUCGUGUCGGUGGUCUGAAUCGGGAAGCUGAAGGCACAUAUUAUGGAACAGAAUACACGCCCAGUUCUCCACCUACCGCAUACACAGAGAGCGAGGUAUACCAUGCACCACCGCCAGAAGACGACCGCCGCCGUCGCGACACCCGUAACAUAUCUGGAUUCUCCUUCACAGCUGGUAAUGAAGACAUCAUCAGCCAAGCGACGGAGGAACACCUCAUCCGCGACCCAGCACAAACCCGCCGAGAAGCUCGUCGUCAACGCCGGGAGCGUGAAGAGCAUCGAUCUCGUCAGAAUAGUCCUCGCAAGCAGCAACCAUCGAAUAAUCGCACAUCUAUGCCUGGCGGAUACACGGAGCCAUUGGAUUUCUCGUCUCGUGGUACAAACUCUGAGUACCAGUAUUCAACCGUUGAUACGGAGGAUGACCUGGGUACGAGGAGCUAUCAUCAUCCUAUCCCGGGAUUGAGUAAGGGUUAUCGUCGGGACAGAGACGGCGGUGGACGUCGAAGACGCGAUAGUUUGAGUGAUAGUGAAUAG